AUGGUUUGCUUGUCUGACUUACCAGAUCACUGCUUGGAAGAAAUAUUCAUUGAUCAUUUGAAUUAUCAAUUUGAAGAAUUAAAAGCAUUAUAUCGUAUAGAUAAACAAUUUGGUUCAUUAUUGAGGAAAACUGUUGCAAUUAUAACCAAUGAUGUGAACUUACCAAAUCAAGAAAUGACAAUGGUUGAUGGUCUAGAUGGCUUGGAAUUGAAGAUAGUUAAUGAAGCUGCAUUGGAUGAUCGUUAUAAGUUCUAUAUUAUCAAUUAUAAUUUAGAAUUAGGUUAUGACUUAAAGAUUUUUGAAAAGUUUAAUAAGGAUUUGAAUAAAGGCUUCAAAAUCAAUUUUUUCAGUCCAAAUUACAUUUUGAAGACAAGUUAUGAAUCUGGUGUUACUUUAAAGAAACAUGAAAUUGAUUGUGUUGAUCCGAAUGAUAGUAAUAACGUCAUCAUAGAUGAAAAUAAAAUUUGUAAAAAUUUACCAGAUUCAGUAAAGCAAUAUUUUAUGGGUUUCAAUGAAUUUUAUAUUGGAUCUGAAACAAAUAACUUAAACGAUGAGUUGAAACUAAGAUCUGCUGAUUCAUUAUUCAAUAUCAAAACCAAUAAUUUAUCGAAAACUAUACAUUCCAACACAAAGAAGAAACAUUUCAAUUAUUAUAUCAAAAGAAUGGUAAUUACAAAUUAUAAUGGGAAUUGUAAAACGUUUGAAGUCACAGACUUAAAGUUACCAAAUUUAGAAGAAAUUUAUUUUUAUUCAGGAGUUAAAAAAGAUACAUUAAUAGAAUCAACUACAUUAGAAUCAAAUUAUUAUCAUGAUAAUAAUAAACAAUUUGAACAGCAUAAUCUUUAUUCAAUUAAGGGUUGCGACUUCCCCAAACUUGAGAUAUUCAAAUUAAUCAAAUAUUCCAAGAUUGAAUCGAUAAUAAAUUCAAAUUUCCAAACAUUGAAAAAUUUAUCAUUGAAAAAUAAUUUAUUAUUAAAUAUUGAUCAAUGUGAAUUUCCUUCAUUAAAAACAUUAAAAAUUGAACCAUUAUAUGAUGUUCAAACAGCUUUAAAGAAUAAUCCUGAAAUAAAUUUUGAUGAUGAAGUUAUACAUUUUGUUAAUCGUUAUGGUUUGAAUUAUAAUGAAAUAAAAUCAUUAAAUUUUGCAAGAAUAUUAAAUACAACUUUUUCAUCAAAUUUUACAAAAUUAACUAUACCAAAUGUUCAAUAUUUGAAAUAUUUCAAUAAAGAGUUUUUAUUAAAUUUAGAAAUCAUUGAAAUUCUUAACCAUGGACUAUCUUCACCAGGUACAAGUAUUGUUAUAUUUGGGAAAUUCCCUAUAAAUCUCCAAUAUGAAUUAGAAUUCACAAAUCAUUCAACAUAUAAUUCAAUCAAUUCAACUAAAACGAUUCAAGAUUUUUUCCAAAAAUUUAUUGAAACAUCUUCAAAUUUAUUAGAGAUUAAUAAUUCAAUGAAUUUAUUUAUACCAGUUAAAGAAUUUGAAACUAAAAAUAAAGAUAUACAAAACAAUACCAUAAAUAAUGGAUUUGAAACUAAUACUUUCACCUCAAAUCUUCCAACAGUUUGUUUUCAACCGGUAUCUGGACCAUUUGAAAGUUCGAAAACUUUUUAUUAUUGUUUAUUAAAGAAAAAUAAUGGGAAUAAUAAUAAUAAUCAAUCUUUUUCAUUUUCAAAUACUGCUCAUACUUCAGCAACAGGUUCAGGUGUAAGGUUAUUUUAA